ACCCUUCCCAUUGAAGAAUGACGACUUCCUUUCGCGAGCAAUGUUAAAGGCGUCAUAUCCGUUAAAAACAACAAUAAAGGAAGUCCUCGGUGUUGCUAUGGAGGGCUCCAAGUCCUCUAGUACUACCAUGCAGGUCAGCUUCGUGUGUCAGCGCUGCAGUCAGCCUCUCAAGCUGGACACAUCCUUCAAUGUGCUCGACCGUGUCACCAUCCAGGAACUUAUUGCUCCUCUGGUCACAGUGACACCAAGCAAGCAGACAGAAAGCAAUGAGGGGGAAAGGGCUCCAGAGGAAACCUUUAUGGAAACAAAGCAAGAUGGCGUCGCAAGAAAAUACAUCCCUCCUGCAAGGAUGAUGUCCACAGAGAGCGCCAACAGCUUCACUUUGAUUGGAGAAGCGUCGGACGGGGGCACCAUGGAGAACCUCAGUCGGAGGCUGAAGGUGACCAGUGAUCUGUUUGACAUCAUGUCGGGCCAGACCGACGUAGACCACCCGCUGUGCGAGGAGUGUACAGACACCCUGCUAGACCACCUGGACACGCAGCUCAACAUCACAGAGAAUGAGUGCCAGAACUACAAGAACUGCCUGGAGCUGCUGUCCCAGCUGCAGGAGGACGAGGAGGACAGCCUGUUGCUGGAACUCCAGAAACUGGGCGAGGAGGAGGAGUCACUGGUGGGGGAGUUGGAGGCGGUGGAAGAGCAGAGGGCUGCCGUGGCUGAGGACCUGGUCCAGGGACGCAGCCAUUCCCAGCAGCUAGACACUGAGGAACUGCAGUACCAGAAGGAGUACAGUGAGUUCAAGCGGCAGCAGCUGGAGCUGGAUGACGAGUUGAAGAGUGUGGACAACCAAAUGCGCUACUGCCAGAUCCAACUGGACCGCCUGAAGAAGACCAACGUCUUCAACGCCACCUUCCACAUCUGGCACAGUGGCCAGUUUGGCACUAUCAACAACUUCCGUCUGGGCCGACUACCCAGUGUCCCCGUAGAGUGGAAUGAGAUCAACGCCGCCUGGGGUCAGACCGUGCUACUGCUCCACGCCCUCGCCAACAAGAUGGGGCUACGCUUCCAGAGAUACCGCCUGGUCCCAUAUGGAAACCAUUCUUACCUGGAGUCACUUACAGACAAGUCCAAGGAGCUACCACUGUACUGUUCAGGGGGCCUACGCUUCUUCUGGGACAACAAGUUUGACCAUGCCAUGGUGGCCUUCCUGGACUGUGUGCAGCAGUUCAAGGAGGAGGUGGAGAAGGGAGACACGGGAUUCUGCCUGCCCUACAGGAUGGACGUGGAGAAGGGCAAGAUUGAGGACACGGGUGGCAGCGGUGGCUCCUACUCCAUCAAGACCCAGUUCAACUCGGAGGAGCAGUGGACCAAGGCACUCAAGUUCAUGUUGACCAACCUCAAGUGGGGCCUGGCGUGGGUGUCAUCUCAGUUUUACAAUCGAUAGAGGAGGAAGAUGAGGACUUAUCCUGGGUGUGAAAACCAACAUUUCCUCACAAUGUGUGAAUCUCAAAAGUUCCUCUCCUUGGAUCUUCUCCUACAAUGCUCUCCUUGCUUCCCUAAGAUGUUUUGAGAGGGUUGGGAGAAGACUGGAGAAAUGACUUUUGAGAUUCACCACUGGUGUGAGUUCCAAUCCAAUAAGUCUUGUUUCCUUGUUUGAUUUCCAUAUUGACCAUUUGAAAGGACAAGAUAAAAACGGUUAAAUUAUACACAUUCAAGUCCAGCUAGACUAGUAGGUGUUAUGAAGGGAGCUAUCUGAGGCUUUUGGAGCACAUCCCAGGAUUGCAUCCUAAUAGUAGCUAAGUGGCUUCUGGUUGUCUCUUUUCCUUCUUAUACACAGAUCUUAUGACACUGGAUAGGUGAAAGCAUCAGAUGUUUCCAGUUGACCUGUUCAGUUCUUAAAGAUCAGUACAAAUGAAGGGAAGGGAGACCAGGAGAGAAGGACACGUUGAACUACUGAGAUGCAGCACUGGAAUGGGUUCUUAUUAUGUAUCACAUGCUUCUUACUUUGCUCCAGAAGCAAAACUGGAGUGGCACGAAUCUGGUUUUCUGCCUAUUUUUUUCAAUUAGUUUGUGUCUUUCUGAGGUUUAACUCCACUCUAGCCACUGAAUAAUAUACAUUGUGCAUGUUUUAAUAGUUUUUAUUUUACUGUGCUGAUAAGGUAAAACAUUUUUUAAUUUCACCAAGCGUUGGAACAGCAUUGGAACGCUUGUCUUGUCUGUACCCACUCGCAGUGCGCACCAAGUAUCUACCGAAAGCUUUGGCGUCAACAAGUCAAUCCUUUUACUACAAGAGACUGCUUGGUGUGGAUUAAAUGUAGACAGGGAGGCUUGUGGCAGUAUUUAAUGCCCAUAUCAAUGUGUUGAUUGUUUUCUUUUACCCAUAUGAACAUGCCAAUGAUAAUGGACCCACACAGAACGCUUUAAGUAAAAGGAUAUUUACAAUUCUAACAUUUGUAAAAAAUAAAUAUAUAUAAAUAAGUA